CUACAUUUAAUAUGUUUCAAUGGUAUACGUAUCCGUGUGAUUACGCAACCGAAUGCCCGGUUAUUUUAAAACUUCCCCACGUAGUUUACCGCGUACUCGUCGCAUUUCGAAAUAAGAGCCCGUUGUUAUUAACGUUAGCGCGCUCAUCCUCGAUAACGAAGUGGGCCUAACCUAGCUAAACGUCACAUUAAAACAACACCUGGUAUUUUCAACCAAACAAUAACGCUAUUAUAAAGGGCAGUUUGACCCUGGCGUGAAGCAGUGAUGUCACAGCAGGCCCACAGCGAGCACCUGUUGGAGCAGCUGCGUUGGCAGCGGGAAAGCAACGUUCUGUGUGACAUCACGGUCGUUGUGGGCGACACACUGUUCCGAGCGCACCGUAAUGUCCUGGCGGCAUUCAGCGGGUUCUUCUCAGCACUGCCUGACAGAGGUCACCGGGUCACGACCCUAAACCCUGAGUCUGUCAGUGAGCAGGCCCUGGACACCCUGCUGAAAUACAUCUAUACUGGAGAACUACACACUGACAGUGAGGAGUCUGAGGCCGUGCUGAGAGCAGCAGUGUUCCUGGGGAUGAGGGAGGCGGAGCGUCUCCUGAAAGACAAAACAGACAGCCAACAGAAGACGAGGAUAGAGUCAGCCCCACACACCCCCUCCGCUCCCUCACCCUCCUCCCCUCUCUUACCCCCCAGCCCAGAAGUAAUCGAACCUCUGUCCUGCCUUUUUGGAGUGGGCUCUGUAGAGAAGGAUGAGGAGAGGGAAGGAAUGAGGGGGGAAGAGGAAGAGAGGGAAGAUCCAGAGUACACCCCUCCCUCCCCAAGCCCCCCAACAUCCCCCCGGAGAGGAGCCAGGAAGAGGAAGGGAAGAAAGCCCAAGGCCACACCUAGAAACCAGACCUCACCUGAAAACCAAACCUUGCCAAGUAACCAAACAUCAGCUACCCAUGACGACAUCCCAGAUGACGCAAAAGUCACCCAGCCCCAGAGGGGGAGAGGCAGGGGGAGAGGCAGGGGGAGAGGCAGGGGAAGGGGAAGGGAUCUGUCGUUAGAAGCAUCAGACCCUCAGAUCGUCGAGGAGAACCAGACAGACCUCAGCCCAUUGUCACUGAAACUUGUUAAGAGGAAUAGGAUGAGUAGUGGAGAGAGGAGAGGAGGAAAGAGAGGGAGGGGCAGAGGAAGAGGGAAACUGAAGGAGAACAGAUCGAGCGAUGGAGAGGUGAAUGAGCGAAAUUAUGAUAAGGGAAAGGCUGGGUUGAAGAACCAACAGGUGAAAGUGAAAAAGAAGCCGGUGUGUACGGAGUGUAACAAUGAGUUCUCUGAGAUCAGUAGUCUGAGGAGACACAUGAGGAUCCAUAAAGGACUGAAACCUUUCCAGUGUCUCUUCUGUUCCCGAGCCUUCACACAGGGAAACCAGCUCAAGAUUCACCUCCGCAUACACACAGGAGAGAAGCCUUUUGCAUGUUCUCAGUGUGACAAGGGUUUUACCCAGAAGUGUCAGUUGGUGGCUCACUGUAGAAUGUACCAUGGAGAAGAGAAGCCUUACACCUGUGAACAAUGUGGGCUGCAGUUCACUACCUCAUCUAACUACAAGAUCCACAGCAGGAAGCACAGUGGAGAGAAGCCGUAUGUGUGUGAACGGUGUGGGAAGGGUUUUGCCCAGGCCAGCACUCUGACCUAUCACAUUAGGGUCCACACAGGAGAGAAACCUUACCAAUGUGACACCUGUGGGGUGGCCUUCUCCGUCUCUUCUUCUCUCAUCACACACAAACGCAAACACACAGGUGAAGCGCCACACGAAUGUCUGGUGUGUCAGAGGGCCUUCAUUACCAAACGAGAACUCAACAAACACUCUCGCAUCCACACCGAAGGGUUUCUGCCCUGGAGUGGAGAGAGUGAGGAGGAAACACAGGUUGGAGAGAGUGAGGAGGAAACACAGGUUGGAGAGAGUGAGGAGGAAACACAGGUUGGAGAGAGUGAGGAGGAAACACAGGUUGGAGAGAGUGAGGAGGAAACACAGGUUGGAGAGAGUGAGGAGGAAACACAGGUUGGAGAGAGUGAGGACGAAACACAUGUUGGAGAGAGUGAGGAGGAAACACAGGUUGGAGAGAGAGGGAAGAGGAGAGAGGGGUGUGGAGAUCCAGCUGUUAAGCAGCGUGUGACAUGUGAGCUGUGUGGAAACACCUACGCUGGCAUGAGCAGCCUGAAGAAACACCAAGAGAGACAACACUUAGUGGAUGUUCCAGAAGGUGCUCUCCACCACAACAUUCCUAUUGAUCACCAGGGAAUGAUCUCCCGUGAUGCGCCCAGCCCUGUGCCUGAGGAACCAGACAACACCGACCCCGAGGAGCCAGACAACCUUGAGCCCGCGACACCUAACUUGAGCCCUAACCCUCUCUGUGUUCUAGUGGAGCAGCUGCAUACAUCUUCCCUCUCCUUCUCUUCCCCAGUCUCCCCCGCCGAAAAUAUAGAGCAGAUCAUCAUCAUUAGAACAUUGGACAACGACCUCUGCCCUGACCCCUAACCCAGACCCUAACGUUACUCUUUCAGGCCUGGAGUCAGCCCGCCGAUUCAACUGGAUCACAUAUGAUUCAGCUGUAGUCAGAUAUAGAACUGUGUGAAUAGUGACGAUGUUGAUGUCAUGUAAUUCUCUCCAUCUCCGAUCUAAAAUUAUUUUAUUUUUCUGGUGUGUUUUUAAUUGCUGUAUAUAGUUAAGUGAGAUAGUCACUGAGGACCUACCCCACAGAAGAGCCAGGCUCACCGUAUGCUGGCUUGCAUUCCUCUGAUGGUUCUCUGUUCAUUGUUCUGGUUUUAAACCCACGUCUCAGUAACAUGGGGCUUAUAACCUCUAAGCUAGAGGUUAUGUUGAGGUUAUGUUGAGAUAGGAUGGAUAUUUAUGAAAAGUCUAAAUUUUUUUCUUCUUCAAAUAAACAGCUUUAUUUUUUAUUCUGAGGAAUAAAUAUCUGAAAUCUC